AUGCUGCAGCAUCCUGGCCUUCCACAGAACUUCGAGCAGCCAUUCACAAGCCCCUUGCCAUUCCUUGCAUGCCUUCGACGUAAAGUGGGAGUAUUUCUUACUUUUUCAAAGAGAUGGAGCAGAAAUUGCAAAGUUGUGGGAAACUGCAAUGAAGCAAUAGUUUUGGCCGUCAAGAUGAGGGCAGUUUCCGUAGCAGUACAGGGCAAGAUCAAUUGCACUUGCAGUGUGAUGCCACGGAUGUGUUUUCACGUUUGGAUGAAACCUGGUUUGGUCUAUGGCCAGAUGCCCAGUGGUGAUUCGGCAAGCCCAGGAAGCUUUGCCGAUGCUUCUUUGAUCUUCUCCGUGGCUCCAGUCCUUUUUGGUCGCAACAAGUCGGGCUGCCUCUGA